GAUCCCGGCGCCGCCACCUCGGCCCGGCGCGGGCAGGCGCGCGCGGCGCAGCCAUGGAGCCGGAGUGCCGGGUGCUCUCCAUCCAGAGCCACGUCGUCCGCGGCUACGUGGGCAACAAGGCGGCCACCUUCCCCCUGCAGGUUUUGGGAUUUGAAGUUGAUACGGUGAACUCUGUCCAGUUUUCAAACCACACAGGCUAUGCCCACUGGAAGGGUCAGGUGUUGAAUUCAGAUGAGCUUCAUGAACUUUAUGAAGGACUGAAGCUGAACAAGGUCAACCAGUACGAUUAUGUGCUCACAGGGUAUACAAGAGACACAUCAUUUCUUGCAAUGGUGGUGGAUAUUGUCCAGGAGUUGAAGCAACAGAAUUCUAACCUCGUGUAUGUGUGUGAUCCAGUGAUGGGUGACAAGUGGAAUGGAGAAGGCUCUAUGUAUGUGCCCAAGGAUCUCCUGCCAGUCUACAGGGACAAAGUUGUACCUGUUGCAGAUAUAAUCACUCCUAACCAGUUUGAAGCUGAGUUACUCACAGGCAGGAAGAUUUACACAGAAAAAGAUGCACUGGAGGUAAUGGAUAUGCUCCAUGCCAUGGGACCAGAGACUGUGGUGAUCACAAGCUCAGAUCUACAGGCACCUCUAGGAAACGACUACCUGAUAGCUCUGGGAAGCCACAGAAAAACUAAAGCAGAUGGUACCAGGAUAACACAAAGAAUUCGAGUGGAGUCUCCCAAAGUGGAUGCUGUCUUUGUUGGAACAGGAGACUUGUUUGCUGCUAUGCUUCUGGCAUGGACACACAAGCACCCAAACAAUUUGAAGGUGGCAUGUGAAAAGACUGUGUCAGCCAUGCAGCACGUUCUGCAAAGGACCAUUAAGAGUGCAAAAGUGCAAGCUGGAGAAGGAAACAAACCAAACUCAGCCCAGCUGGAACUGAGAAUGGUCCAAAGCAAAAAGGACAUAGAAAACCCAGAGAUCAUAGUGAAAGCCACCGUGUUAUAAAGGCUCCACGUCUCCAAUAACGCACAAUGUAUCGAUGUCCUCAUUUCUUUCCUGUAAAUUGUAAUAUUUGCCUUAGAUCUGUGACAGAAACCUGACUUUCAUAAAAUAGUGCCCAGCAUAGGCAGAUAUCCACUCUCAAACAUAUGUGCUGGCCUUGCUCAGUUUUAAAAGCAGAACAGUUAGUGUGCAUUGAAGCAUAUUCCCAGGUAUCCCAAUGUCUGUCAGAUUCACUUAGUCUGUGUGAUUACCCAGGGCAAGAGAGCAAUGUUCCUGCCUUGCCAAAGACUGUAGAUGUGAAUUUGCUAAUGGAAUGCUUGACUGACUGUAUUUCAAGAUGGCAUCUAGUGCCAAUGGAGCUGGCUCCAUGCUCCCUUUUCCUGGAGGUACCUGGUUACCUGCCCUGGUAUUCGGUAUCUCAGCUGCUACGAAACGAAGCAGGGUUAAAGCUACACACACAGUUCUGCUUGUGUGUAGGAGUACUUUGAAGAUGUUUGGCAUGUUCAGUACUCUGAAGUGACCUUGAAGUGUCAUUCAUGUUGCUGAUCUCUGCUCCUGUUUCUUGUCCAUGAACAGCUGCACAGUUUCAGUUGUCACAGGUUCUGGCUGCUUAUUUCUCAUGGCCGUGGGUGCCCACAUGAUUUUCCUCCAAAAGCUGCUCCACAAACAUCUUCAUUAACAUGAUCAUGCCUUUAUUCAGUACCACUGGUUAGAAGGGUGGCCUCUGAGGCCAGGUUUGAUUCUCUUUUAACUAAGGGCAAAAGAGAAAGCAGCUCUUACCUGGAAGUUGGCUGCCUUGGUUUGUUCAUUGUGGGUGGAUGUACUUAGGAGCUACAUGGGCACUUCACUUAACAUUAGUGAGCACUGCUGGCAGCCUUAGCAAUGAAGCAAUGUGGCAAAAGUAGUGGUUUUGAUUUAGUAAGAUCUGGUCAGUUAACACGUAUUUACCAAAUGCAGUGAGACAGAAAAAUUAACUUCAUAAUGUCUCUCCAAGCAACAACAACUGGAGAUUACAGAAAUACAUUAUCAUUAUUAUUAUUAUUAAUGCACAAUUCUGCUUGAUAAGGCUUCAGAAUGGGAUUUUUAAUAAUUUCAGUGUCCUAGGGAUCAUAGCCACAUACUAAAGCAGCAGGGCAGGUCUGCUGACAGGUAUUGGACACUCACACUUCCAUAGGAUUUCUGUAUGGGAUCCAUGUUCUUGCUUGUCCCAAGAUAAAGUCUAAUGUGAUGUUAAAUCCAGAUCAAGUUGAUGAGCUUUACUUGUCUCAGACUGCAUAAGGGGAUGGAAAUUGCAUUUCUGAUUGAUUUCCUCUCCUGCAUUUGGCAUCAAAAGUGAAAAAAAAAUCACGUUACUUGAGAAUUUAAGGAAAAAAAUAAGCAGGAAUUUAUCUACAAAAUGGGACUCUACUGCCAGUUUUUAGUAACCACUGUCAUGAAAUAACUUUCUAGCAAUAAUAACUUUGGUGUUGUGCACAGUUGCUAAAAUCAUCAGUCAGUAACAGAGAUAUGAGCUCAUGGCUGCUACCCAACCUGUAAAAAAGUGUGACCUGCCUUGACAAUGUGUACAAGUCUGAUGGGAAUCAGUGAAGAGGGAACCAGGCUCUUCCCAGUGGUGCCCAAGGAAGUGAUCAAUAGACAGGAGCACAAAUUGAAAUACAGGAAAAUCCAUUUAAACAUUAGGAAAAUAUACUUCUCUGUGAAGGUGAUCAAACAGUGGCACAGGCUGCCCAGAGAGGUUGUGGAGUCUCUGCUCUUGGUGGUACUCAGAUGCUGACUGGAGCACCCUGCUGUCCUUGGCCCUGCUUGCUCAGGGGGUGGAGCAGAGGAUCUCCAGAGCUCCCUUCCAACCUCAGCCAUUCCAUGAUUUGCUGAGCACAUUGAACAACCUUUCUUUGCAGAGCUGCAUUUUUAAAAUUUUGUUCUCCCUGCAACACAAACUUCCAGAUGGGCUGGAAAAUACUCAUAAUAAUAUUUCCUCCCCCUUUUUAGGUAAGCUGCUGUUUGCUUGGGCAGCUGUGCCAGGAAGACAAUUACCUCUUUUGAGAUACUUGCUUUCAGCAAAGAUAUUUAAAUACUGUAGCUGGUGAUAUGUUUCAGCAGUUGAACAUGGAAAGGAUUUUAACUGUUUCUAACAUUGAUUAACCAAGUGCUGCAUGCCAUAUUCCAAACAUAACUAUGACUUGAUUCAUCUUUUAAAAAUAGACUAUUUCAUGUGGAAGUGUAUAAAACCUGCUGUCCUCUUAGGAGGAAGAGAUUAACAUCCUGAACUUCCCUCCCUGUACAGACAAUGGUCAAUGCCCUUUUAGUUAAGUGUGAGACAGCACAAUUUUAUUUUGCCAUUAGAAUAAACAGACUUCACAAGAGGAUUGAGAGAAAGGCAAGGGCUGUUUUCUCUGAAAUAAAGAAGCUUGGAAUUUGGGAAGACAAACACUGCAAACAAGAUUUUAAUUAUAAACCAUGAUGAGCCAUGAUCUUGACAUAAAAGACAAAGUGAUAUGUUUGUUGGAGCAGUUUAUACCUGUCAGGUGUAAUCUUAUCCCACUUCUUCAGAGAGUGGAUCCAUUCAGUAAUUCACACCUUCCUUAGAAUCUGUGACACCCAUGUUAAAAAAAAAAAAAAAAAGGAAUAUUCAUACUAAUGUGCUCAAUUUGCAAAAGUUCCUAUUUCACAGUAGCUGGAUCCUGUAGCAAUGGGCUGCUGGCUUCAUCUGUUUGAGUCCCUGAGGGUUGCUCAUGUGAUACCUGUUUUAAACUCCCACUGACCUGAUCCAAAUUAGGUCAGGUUUAUAUCUUCAGUGAAGAAUUACCAUCUCUUGCCAGGAACAAACAUCAGAAAUUAGCUGUAAAUAUAUUCUGUAGCUGACAUUUUGUAGCCACAGCAGGCUAACGGGUAUUUCUGAAUGUCAAGGUACACAUUUUUAUUUAUUGAGAGUUACACAAAGCUCAUAUGCAGAACAAAAUUCAAAGACUCAUCACAGUCCUGUCUAAUAUUUCAUUCCCUCCUCUCCUCCUGCAUAUUAUACCUGUAUCUUUUCCUGAGUUCCUGCUGUCUCAUGCAGCUGGAAAGCGUCUCAGUGUCAGACAGUGCCCACUAUUUAUUUAGGGGCUUGGAGGAGACUGACCAGCAUUGUCUGAUUCACUUGCAAACCUUUGAUUAAAGAUAAAAGCUUAAUCUAAACUAGCUUAGGUCCUAAUUGAUGACAGGAGAACAAGCACUUUAGCCCAGAGUGUGGAGUCUGUAAUAAUGGAUAAUCUUCCCUGGCCAUCCUGGGAGCAUGACAGGUGAAUGCUUUGUGUCCAAUCGACUUCCCUCACAUUCUUUCUCCAUUCUGGAAUUAAUUUGGGUCGGAUCCCCUUUUCCUGGAGUGAUUUGCAGUGCCUGUGGCCACUGCUCAAGUCCACCCACUCGUUUUUGGAGCCACCUGUGCAGGAGAGACCAAAAGUUGUUUACAAACCAUCUACUCUGGGCCUGGAUUAGUCUCUACAUGCUGAGAAUUCAGACGUGCAUAAAGACAUUGUGCUAAAAUCAGUGCUAUUCACACUCAGUAGAAACAUUUCAGAAACCUGCAGUAUGAAUUGUUAAUGUUUGUGUGCUGAUUUUUAUCUCAAGUGGGGAGAAAUCUAUAAUCCAUGUGUUAUACAAAAGAGUUGGAGGACCAAGGUUUCCAGCUACUCAUACUGCCUUUUGAGUAUCUUAACUGUGUCUUGAUUGGAUGGUGUUAAUUUGUUGUCUGAGACUGUUAUGGUGAUUGUAUUGAUUAAUUUUAUUUUAAAAUAUGUGGCAAGGAAGAUUGUAAUAAAAGCAUCUACCUUUAUUAUACUGUGCACAUACAAAUUGUUAGAUCCUAUUUUUUAAUAUGUUAAUCAUUUCAGAAUUAAACAGCACAAGAAUGGUUUGAUAGUCUUGCUGAAUAAAGUGGAUGUAAUUAAAUGUUUCCUUAGUUAUGUCCUAGGAUAGAGAAAGGGUAGUUAAUGGAAGAGAGCACAUUUGUGACCUGUAAUCAUCUUACUGUAAGAUGUGGAUGUGGAAGUGAGUAACAUUCUUGUUGUCUUAUUUUUUUUUUUUUAAGAGGUUUCAUGGGAAGAAAAUCUCUGGCAUUCUGUACCCCUCCUUUGCAUUUCUCUUACUUGUAUGUGUAGGACCUCAUUGUGUUGUGCUCUUUUUUUCCUGCAAACAAGGUGAGAAGAGGGGCUUGGAGUAAGAACCAUAACUCACUUUGAGAUCUCUUCCUUGUGCAGCGUUUAACUGCACUCCACUCACUGAAUUUUUACCUUCACUGUAUAGGGUGGAGCACACAGGGCUGUAGAGUGGGAAACAAAUGUUCCUCAUGUGGGAACAAGAGCUUCUGCCAGCACUCAGCAGUGUCCCUGCCAGCGUGGUGGUUUGCAGGAGGAGAGGAGCAGGGAUCCAGGUUAAGGAGAGCAGGAAGUGCUGUGUCAUUCCACUUGUGUCCUGGAGAGGUUUGGUUUGUAUUUCUACUGAAGAAAAAACCACCUCUCCCGAGUAAAGGUUCUUGUCCAGAAUGCUUUUAAAAGCUGAGACAUGUUACAAAUUUUGGUCACUCUGGUAUUAAAAUAUUUCUUCAUAAAGGGGAACACAUCCCUUUUACAUCCCCUUGCUGCCUUAUGGCUUAUUGACUGUAGUCAUUCCCCUCCUGUUGAGAAUCCCAGGAUUAGCUAUCCAGAGAGCUGUCUUUCCUGAAAGCACAUGUUCUUCAUGUUCCUGGUAAGUGAGAGCCUGCUGAGCAGUUCUGUAGCUUUCUAAAACACCUCCAGUAGAGACAUUUGUCAGCAAUGGAAACUAAGCUUUGAGAUGUUCAAUCACAGCCCAAAAAUAGCUCUUUCAAAUAAAUGAAAACUCUUGAAAGUGCAUUAUUGUUAAUAAAUGAGUAAACCAGUGAGUUUGCACAUGCAUGCAGGAGCAGAUUUCAGGUAAAUCCCCUAGGUUCAGUCAGCCACUGGAGGAGUGUGCCCUGAGCAAAGGGCUGCUGCUGUCAGGGCACUGCUUCAGGAGAGACCCAGCUAGUUCUCACCAUUUCCCAGAAGGGAGGAAUGUGGUGGUGUGGCAGUCAACAGCCAAGGAAAACUCCCAUCUGCUUCACCAGGAAACCAGUGCCAGGUGACAGCCCCAGUGCCACCAGUUUGGUGCUUUUGCUGCUCUGGCAGCAGAGGACCUCGAGGCAGGUGGGAUGCUCCUAAAUGCGCACACAUUCCUGACUCAGUGCCUCCACAGUGCAAAUAAUGGUAAUAACUCCCCCAACGUGCAGAGCAGAGAAUAAGGCAGCACAUUAUUCAGAGAGAGAAAACCAGCAAUAUGAGAAGGCUGUGCCAUAUGUUACCACUGAAAUCACACUUACCUAUUGCCCUCGUGGUUGCAUUGCUGUUUAGAAAAAAAAAAAAAUUCUGUGUGUAGAAGAGUGUAAUUUAUGUACUCUGUGUGUGUGUGUGUGUAUGUUGAAGCUUUAUUUGCAAUGUGGUAGGGGUGGGAAACAGAAUUUGGGGGGCUGGCUGAGUAGGCCUUCAGGAUGUGAGCAGAAGGUCUUAAAGAAUUAUAUUUUUAUAGAUUGUGCUGAAGCUUUGGGUCCCAGCCACACAUAGCCUUUUCUUCCAGAGAAGUAAAAUGGUUUGGAAAGAGAGUCAGGUGGCUGUAAUAUAGUAGGGAUAGUACAACCCCACCAGCCCUGGACAAACUGAAUAACUUAAUAAAAGAUGCCUUUUUAAGUAAUAUUUUUUUAGUGCUGAAUUGUUAAACAAAGAAAUAUUUAUGAGCAAACUUUCUAUGUACUUAAAGUUUGUGUGGUGCUUUGUACUGACUAGGUGGAACUGUUAUCUGUUUACACAUCUUAAAUGAUUGUCCUUGAGGUGUGUGUAGUAAUUCAAAUACUUCUGUGCCAGAAAAACAACGAAGUUCUGUGUAAUAGCAAAUGAUUUAAUUUCUGAUUAAACUGUAGGCUUUCUAGUGUUUGUGUAUUUUUCUGGUUGGCCAUUACAAGUUGUAUCUUUCCUGCAGUAAGGCUUGUACGCUUGAUUGUAGAGAGAGGCAAUAGGAUGGUAGAUAACCAUUGUUUAAGAAGAAAACCCUAAAUAUUGCUACCUUAUCCACUUUAAAAUCAGGUGGGCUUUGUGGCAUAAACCUGAAAUUUUGCAUUGGAAAGAAGUUUCAAACACAUCUAGGUUGGGUUAAAAAUUGGUGAUGGGUUUGUUUAUUUAAUUAAAUAAGACAGGGACAAGCCAAGAGAUGGAACAAAAAUGGCUUGUUCCCAUUGUAUGGACCUGACCAAGACAAUUCAUAGCUUGUGCUAAACCUGUGCACAGACAGAUGAAUAGACACAUGGGGAAAGUAAAGUUUUUUUCCUUGUAGUUUGUCAGCUGUAAUAGCGUGAAGAAUUUUAGUUGUUUGUUCUGAAUUCAAAUUCAUAAAUACCUUUCAGGAGAGCUGAGUUGUUGAUAAAAUCCCAUUCAGUCAAAAGGCAAAGCUGUUCACAGGGUUCAAAACCAGACCAGGAUUUUUCAUCUUGCUAAGCAUAGUGAGUUGUUGUUUCUUAUGGCUGGGAGACAGGACUAAAGGACAACUCUCCAGAUACCAUCCAGAUUAACUUUUUUGGUUGAACUUCAGGAUCUCUGUAAAAAGCACAAGGGUCUGCAGCAUAAAGGAGUUUUUGGAGCAUUGUCCUAUGAUAAAUGUCAUUACCUACCGGAGCAGUUGGUGAUUUGGCAAAACUGAGCAUCACUUGUUAUGUCCCUUUUAAUUUAACAUGGCAGCAUCCUCACUCUUGUGAAUAAAUCACCACUGCAAAAAGUAGAGGAGAAUUUAUCCUGAGUUUUUCUCCCGAGAGUUCCCGAUUUCUGGAUGUGUUAAAAAAGAAGCACUUCUGCUUUGCUAAGUUAGCAGUAGAAAUGUCACUGAAAUGAAUGAUGCAUUGCUGAGGAGGGAGCUGUGGCAGGGAACAGCAGUGCUGGGGGUUUGUUGUGCCUGGCUUUUCUCCCCCUGGGAAUCUGUGGGUGCAGCGUCCCCGUGGUGGUGGCAGAGUGACUGUUCUGCCUGCAUCCUGCCAGGGGGAAAUGUGGAGGAGUUACUCUGAGCAAGUGGGAGCUGAGGUUGGUGUUGGGUUUGUUGGGCAGUGCUGUCCCAGGGCUGUGGUUCAGCACAGCUCUUUGUGCUCCCAAAAGCUCCUGGUUUACAGCCCCCUGCUCUCCUGGCCAUGGCAUAAUUCCCUUAGAUUUCUUCUGCAGGCCAUGGAGAGCCAAGAGGCUCUGGAAGUGCAUUUUUCAUAUGAUUCAGGCUUGGCUUUUGUGCUUUUGAAAAGAAAGGUAGAGAAUUAUCAGCUGCUUUGGUAGACCCACCUUGUCCAUCUCAGCAACACUGUGAAGCUGUGCCCUAACCUUCCUCUCCCAUCAUCUCUGCUGUCCCUGAUUUGCCUGUCCCCAUAACAAGGGACAUGAAGGAGAUAAAAUCAAUGGGGAAUUCAUCCAGUCAAAACUCCUGAAGUUUUAAUCUUCUUUAGUUCCCUUAACCUCCUUGUGCUGGGAACAGAUAAGUGCCCGUGCUGCUGCUGGAGAAGGUCUGGGACAAUGCAGCUGCUCAAAAGAGGGAGAGGGGAAUUGCCUCUCCCUGGCAGUGAGGUGCUGCCUGAGCAGGACCUAAUUGCAGAGCUGCAUGGUUAAUGGUAAAGAAAAGAAAUCUUUGUGAGUGAAGUUCUUGAGCGAAGAGCUGGUGAUUCAGUUAACCAGAGUCUGGAGCUCUCUAUCCAUCCCAUCCCCUGUGUCACAAAAAUAUUAUAGUGCUGAAAUAUUUGAUGUGGCUGUUCUUAAUGAUCUGUGUGAUGCUUGUGCCUAGCAGAGCAGGAAAUAGCAUUGAAUAAAUCAGUGCUCUAAGUAGGGAAUAUAAUGGGGAGAUCCAGGUGGAGAAAAUGUCCAGUGUGUUUUCACAGCACUUGCAUGGUGCCAGAGUUGUCCAGGUCUGGCUCUUUUCCUUCCCACCCCCUUAAAGCAAGGAAAAAAUGACAUCAAUAAAUCUAUAAAUAAAUAAAUAAAUUUUCUGGGAAUUUAUGUGGCAUUAGGAUUCAUUUUCAUGGACAGAUUGACUAGACUUUCCACACCAGAGGUCUCUAGUUCACAGGGGUUUUUCAGAGGUGUGAUAGAGCCUGUCACAGCUGGCUUGGAGCACAGUCCUUGGGACACAGCUGUGACAGAUGGCCUUGGGAUGCCUCCUGCAGGCACUCCUGUCCUGCCUUUGGUACAGCACGUGUAUUCCCGUGCCUGACACGUGCUAGGUGUGAGGACAUGCCUUGGUAGGGAGGGAACUUGGGUUUCUUGCCGGAGCUGCAGUGAUGGGAGGAAACCCUGGAGAAUUCAGCACCACCCAAUGACCCUGCCAUUUGCUGUCAGUGUUUGUUGGUGCAAAGCAUCCCCUUUCAGUGUUGUUUUCUUUCUGGGAGAUUGGCAGCCCAUACACUGCUUUAACAUGCUUUUACCUGGCUGAAUGUGGAAAUCAAGAUUGUUAAAAAUGGAGGGGAGGGAUAGCUAUGAGUUUGCCCAGGACCUAUGUGAGUAGAGAAACUAUGAGAUCUGUCUCUAAUUCACAAAUAAUUCAGUAUUGACUAAAUGAGUGCUAUGUCUUCAACGGGCAGUAGCACCUGGAAGAGGCCAAUAUUUAGGGUUUUUGCCCAAAGCACAUUUAGCCCUGCUCUACUGUUUAGUGAAAACGCCCAGUGCAGAUGCCACCAGAGCCUCAUCUCGUGGAGUAAUGCUGUAAUAAAGAAUGUGGUUUUCUUGUGCAAGUCUUGACCUCUUCUUAUGAAAAUAGCACACAACUCAGUAUUUUCAUGGUGUAUAAGUGAAAUGUCAUUGUUUUUUUUUCAAUAAAAUACAUUUCCUUUCCUAAA